AUGGAAAAAACAGAUUCCAACCUCUUGCCUACUAUGUUUAGAGGAAGCUUCUCCUACAAGAACGACACCAUUAAUGUUAUCGUUAUUGAUAAUAAUAUCCUAGUAAAAAUCCAAAGAGUCGAUCAAAACGUUGCAAGAAUUUAUUUUACAAAUGGUCAAGGAAAUUCCAUCCGAAUUCCAGCCGGGAUGACACUCAGAGAUCUGACUAAUAAUACAAAUGUACCACGCAUAGUGGCAGCCGGUGCUGAAAGUUACAUGAUAACUUGGGUUAUGAACUAUGAAUUGCGGUAUAAUGGCGGUGAAGUUCUUAAUUUGGACAACCAAAAACAACAGUCAAUGAGGGUACCUCCAGAAUAUGCUACUUACAUUGAAUAA